AUGAUUUCUUCGACUUUUACUGCCUUCGUUGUCAUCUAUACAUUAGAGGCAUUCGUUAUCAUUGUUGGAAACACGUUCACCAUAAUUGUCUUCUGGAGCCAGCGAUCCCAGUUAAAGCGAACAUAUUCCAUUCUUAUUAACCUCGCAGUUUCUGAUCUGCUUGUGGGGAUUGCCGAACCAAUUGUGCUGGGCACAGAGAAGAUUGCUAAGAUGACGGCCAUUCCAGGUAAAGAAAAAAGUUUUACAAAUCCAUCAUCUGCAUUUCAAGUCCUUGCGUCGAGUACUUCAGUGCUUUUUCUCGCGCUUAUUUCCUUGGAACGUGUUUAUUCCGUUUUAUGGCCAGUUCAGCACCGUGCGACAAGCACUCGGACUUAUAUUUUCACCAUAACCGCUGUCUGGGGUCUUGGACUCUGCUUCUUUGGGCUAUCUGUAUUAUCCUUAUAUCAUACAAAAUUAGAGAUGAGAUACGUUACUCUAACCAUUCAUGCAAGCCUUUUCAUGGCACUAUUAGUGAUUUGUGGAAGUUACCUUCAAAUACGCAAGAAAUUGCGCGCAAACGUCAUUCCUGGUGAAGAGAUCCACGCUCGCCACAAAGCUGAACGCAACUUACGACUGUCAAGAACAGUUUUUGUAGUUAUGGCUGUGUCACUGGUGUUUUGGUUGCCAGCGACCAUUUUGUACACUGCCAAAGACUUUUGCUGCCCACCAUGUCUUAGACCGAUCGCAGUGUCGCUUGUAAAUGUUCUUCAUCUGGCAAAUUCUAUGGUCAAUCCGAUCGUGUACAGCUUUAGAAUGGUAAUAUUCAAGGAUGCUUUGAAGAAAUUGUCUAGAAGAUGCCGACGAUAUUCUGUUUGCAUUGAACCCUUUCAGGUUACUGAGAGAAGCUCGGGUGGUACUUUCUCUUCAAAAACUCAACAUACAAGAUUUAAUUCACCUGAACUGAAACCCAAGGAUGACAUCUCAACACAUGUGUGAAAUAUCAUAAAUAAGACCUUCAAUCAUCAAACAAUAUUCAGUGACUGUUAACAAACAGAAAAAUACAGCAAAUAUAGAUAGAGUCGACGGUAUUAUAAAGGGGAAAAGCAAGCGUAUAGUACGUACACUAAUUCAGUAUUACAAAUGAAAGUAUGAAAGUACACAGUUUUGAAAAAUGGACAGUGUAGUAUGUUUCCAGAAUGUUAGUAUUGUAUUUCAUGAUCAUUGUUUGUGUCAUUCUUCCCUUAAUUUAAAUGGAAUCUUUCACAAAUCUAUUUUUUGGCGGUAAACAUGUUCCAUUUGUUAACCAAGAAGGCUAUUCCCUUACUAAUUUAAAGAGUUCCAAAAUUUGAGUCGGUAGUUUUCUUAAUCAUAUCAAUGGUUUCGUAAAAUAAGAUAUCAGACUUAAGCUACAAUUAUUAGCAGCCUUAGUUACGAAUUAAGCUCAGACAAACGUGUUUUAGCAAAAAAAAAAUUUUAAUCAAGAUAUGUACACCGAGCUCGCAAAUAACUGAGUUGAAAUCGUGUUUACAGUUUGUUUUUAUAAGUAAACUGAAACCUGACAUAUAUGAAAUUAUGUAUAUGAAACUAAUAUGACGGGCAUUAUUCUCGGUAAAAAAUUUGAGGAUAGUCAUCCUCAUCCGUUUAUUACCAGUUUUAAAAUCGACAAAACCGAUGGAGUUUAACUAUGAACUCGACACUGAAAACUUGUCAUUUAAAGUAAUUUGGUCCAUACAUAUAUCGCGAUUGCCAUUGGUAGUAAAGCCGGAAAAGCAGUGUAAAUAGCAAGGCAUAAUNGUUAUCGCUGUGUCACUGGUGUUAUGGUUGCCAGCGACUAUUGUGUACACUGCCAGACCCUUUUGCCGUCCACCAUGUGUUAGGCCGAUUGCAAUGUCGGUUGUAAAUGUUCUUCAUCUGGCAAAUUCUAUGGUCAAUCCGAUCGUCUACAGCUUUAGAAUGGCAAUAUUCAAGGAUGCUUUGAAGAAAUUGUCGAGAAGAUGCCGACGACAUUCUGUUUGCAUCGAACCCGUUCAGGUUACUGACAGAGGCUUGGGUGGUUCUUUCCCUCCGAAAACUCAACAUCCAAGAUUUAACUCACCUGAACUGGAACCCAAGGGUGACAUCUCAACACAUGUGUGAAAUAUCAGAAAUAAGACCUUCAAUCAACAAACAAUAUUCAGUGACUGUUAGCAAACAGAAAAAUACAGCAAAUAUAGAUAGAGUCGACGGUAUUAUAAAGGGGAAAAGCAAGCGUAUAGGACGUACACUAAUUCAGUAUUACAAAUGAAAGUAUGGUAGAGUCAUAGCAAUUACACAGUUUUGUUAAAUGGACAGUGUAGUAUGUUUCGAGAAUGUUAGUACUGUAUUUCAUGAUCAUUGUUUGUGUCAUUCUUCCCUUAAUAUAAAUGGAAUCUUUCACAAAUCUGUUUUUUGGCGGUAAACAUGUUCCACUUGUUAAUCAAGAAGGCUAUUCCCUUACUAAUUUAAAGAGUUCCAAAAUUUAAGUUCGGUAGUUUUCUUAAUCAUAUCAAUCGUUUCGUAAAAUAAGAUAUCAGAGUUAAGCUACAAUUAUUAGCAGCCUUAGUUACGAAUUAAGCUCAGACAAACGUGUUUUAGCAAAAAAAAACUAUUUUAAUCAAGAUAUGUACACUGAGCUCGGAAAUAACUGAGUUGAAAUCGUGUUUACAGUUUGUUUUUAUAAGUAAACUGAAACCUGACAUAUAUGAAAUUAUGUAUAUGAAACUAAUAUGACGGGCAUUAUUCUAGGUAAAAAAUUUGAGGAUAGUCAUCCUCAUCCGUUUAUUACCAGUUUUAAAAUCGACAAAACCGAUGGAGUUUAACUAUGAACUCGACACUGAAAACUUGUCAUUUAAAGUAAUUUGGUCCAUACAUAUAUCGCGAUUGCCAUUGGUAGUAAAGCCGGAAAAGCAGUGUAAAUAGCAAGGCAUAAUGUAAAUAAAACCUUGCAUCAAAUAAGCAAAUGAUAAUUUGACUAUUUAUCCAGUUGUUGAGGUCGCAGCCCCUUCCUAUCAUAUUUGUAUCGUAUCCUGUUGCUAUCAGCAUUUAUUCGUUGACUGGGACAAAAUUUAGACGUCAUGUUUGCAGUUGUACUAAUACAUUUACCUCACUGAGGUAAUGCUUAUCAUUCUUCCAUCAGAUUGCAUGUGUGUGAGAAUAAAUAUGCAGUUCAUAAUUGGGCAUGUGUGCAAGUUAUUAAAACUGUUCAAAGUUUGUUAACCCUUUAAACCCUAAGACCAAAAUUUGAAUUCUCAUUUGUGCCCACUAUUCAUUUCCUACAGAAGUAGUAGGGAGAAAUUGAUAAAAUAUCAAGCAAAUGCAACUUGUGUCAUCAUGACCGUAAUUCUCAUGACCACUCUGUUUUACAAAGCAUUGAUAUUACAAGGAGAAAUUUAAUUAAUGCUGAUCACUCUUAGGGCUUAAAGGUGUUAAUAUCAAUAUCCAAACACGUCUGGACUAUAUAAAUGAAGUAAAUAAAACGAAUUAGAAAUAUACAUAUCAAAUAUAUAUAUUUAUAUUUUUUCGCAUGCAACCCUAAACGGGACCUUCACGGCCAAAUAUGAUGGCGUUUUGCCCAGAACACUUUAAGUGAGAUCAAAAUUCGAAAUUUACACCCCGACCCUAAGCGAGACGACGAGCACCCCCACCCCUUUCAUAUGCGGAGUUCCCCCUCCCCCUCGGGGAGUUUAAGCCUCACGUAUGCGGUAAAUAACAAACGUCAGAUUCAAGUUGAGAAUUUCUCAAAAUAAGUCGGUCUUAAUGAAUUCGAGGUAGGUUCGGCUCAUGAAAAUUUCGGCGUCUGAACCGGGCCUUAACCUCCCUAAUAACUAAGUGAGCCACCGUUGCUAUGUUUCUUCUCCUGUUUUACUCUCAGUCUCUCUUGCUCUCUAUCUAAUGUUUCUCUUUUUUGUUGUAAAGCAUUUUAUGGCCGGUUUAUGAUAUUUUUCUUACAAAGAUUGUGUUUAAAAUAAUUAAGUACUUAUUUUCAUCAGCUAUCAAGACCAUGACCCUUUACGCAAUCUUUAUUUAUUUCAAUCAGCGUUUUGCACGCCCUUUGGCUAUGGAUAUUAUAUAACGAUUUAUAAGUAAUUCUAAAUUUCUACUUAAGUAUUCUGAUCACAUCAGUUUAUCCUCGCACUUCCUUUUUGGCUACUUGAAUCCUUUUGAUACGAUAAAGAUUUAACUACAGUAUGCACAGUAAAGGACGAAGACAUUUAUAAAGAAACUGCGUUCAGCCACCUUUUAAGCAUCACUCAUACGGCGAUCAGCAAACGACAAAGAUGCGCUCGAGAAUGAUAAUUGAAUGAAGUUCUCUUUCAUGAUUUUAAGUUACGAUGUUAAGAAUGUGAAAGCCGGCUCAGCUUGUUGAAAACGGCCAGUGACAAACGAUAAGCGUAAUGAGCAGCGGAAAAAAUUGUCACUUGGCCACCUUCGUUUGCCGUUUCCUGCUUUUUCAUUACCUUGGCGCCCAAUUAAUAUCCUAUUUGAUCAAGAGAUUUAGAACCAUCGUCACGGCGAACAUGCCAGCAAAACGUCCAGUUGUACCACGUGACUAAGUUUUUUUCGAUGUUCCUGAUAUUUGCAAUGAGUAUUUUCACGCAAGUUUCAUCCACAAAAGUCAAAGAGGACUAUUUCGAUAGACUUUGCCACGCCAUAAGCGGGUGCCUUCUCUUAUCUGGUUUGUUUUUACGGAGAGAUUACUUAGUUUACUUGCGUUUGUUAAAAAUGGCCGGCAUCAGAAAUACUAAACCUCGACCUACGAGUGUCAACCGCUCCAUCCAGUCCAUCUCACAUCUUAUCAACGGUUGUGUCAGUAGCAUGAUAUAGUUUAAUCCUCUGAGCAAUUAUCCGCACGUUAGCAAAUAGAUAAGUAUGAUAAGAUGGGCCGCCGAUAAUUACCCCCUUUUAAGUCUUUCUAACACCCAACGUAAGGAAAAAAAUACCAGGUCUUCUCUAAUCACUCGUUCAAAUCCGCUCUGCCAUUAAAUCUAAACCAAAUAAGCAACCUACAAUCGAAAUGUUGAAUGAUUAUGCUGAAACAGUAUUAAGUAAUCUCAUUGCCUUUAAUCUCACAUUUGAAAAAAAAAUACCAUAGUAACGGUAAUUCAGUUGAAAACACGAAAAUUGUAAUAUCUCUUUUGAACCAAACAUGUAAUUCAUUGGCACUAAAAUCACAUAAGCGGUAUACGAUUGAAUUAAUGUGAAGGCAGUUUUUAAUUACAGUACUUUAUUUCCAAUUCAUUUCUUUGAAAACUCAUGAAGAGCUAAAGCGCCUGUCUAAGUCAUGCCACAUUCUGACCAGUUGAAGUUUUUGUUCUUGGGAAUAGCAAAUGGUCAAUAAAUCACGUACGUACAUUUUGAUUUGGUCUGAACAAAAAGUGUUUGGAAAGAAAAACAAUAACAGACGAUUUUUUUUUCGCUUCAUUACUUUUAUAACUAGUGAGUUUUGCUUCACAGCUGUUUCGCAUAAAGAACAAGGUAUCCUUUGAACUUUUCGCUGGAUAUUUGAAAAAGUUAAUGUAUAAAAACAAUUACCAGCAAAAAAAAAAUGUAUUUAUCGACGUCCAUCAUCUUCGUGGUCAUCUACACAGUACAAGCAAUCAUCAUCAUCGUUGGAAACGUCUUUACUAUCUUUGUCUUCUGGACUCAGAGAUCUCGCCUAAAACGAACUUAUUUUCUCUUGAUCAACCUCGCAAUCGCCGACUUUCUUGUGGGGAUUACAGAGCUAACAGUCUUAGGAACCGCUAUAUCACAAAUCACGACGGAUGAUUACGCAGUACUAAAGCAAAGCCAAUCAUAUCCCUUCGUGGCAUUCGUUCUCCUAUCAUCAAGUACCUCCGUUUACUUUCUGGCGCUUAUCUCCUUGGAACGAGCUUUUGCCGUCUUGUGGCCAAUCCGCCAUCGCAUCGCAAACAGUGGAGUUUACAUCAAAAGCAUCCUUGUUGUGUGGACAAUUGGACUGUGUUUCUUUGCUUUAACUCUCCUCUCCUUCCAUUACCCAGAGGUGAAAAAGAAAUACGUUUUCGCUUGUACUAAUACAUGUCUUCUUAUUUCUCUCUUGGUUAUCUGUACCAGUUAUCUUAAAAUACACAAUCGAUUACGUGCACCAUCACCCGAGCUUGAUAUCCAUACCAAUCAACUAAGAGAACGCAAUGUGCGGCUUUCAAAAACACUUUUUAUCGCAAUUGCUUCAUCUCUUGUGUUCUGGAUGCCGGCGUUUGUUGGCUACUCAACGAGAGAAUUAUGCCUGCGAUGCAUUCCUGAUACUGUGGUACCCUACGUGUAUGCCCCACAUUUAGCAAAUUCUAUGAUGAAUCCUCUCGUCUACAGCUUCAGGAUGCAAAUUUUCAAAGACAUCCUGAAGAAAUUCUGCAGCCGAAAACGA